AUGGCUUCAGUGAAUGCUCCGAAUAUGCAUUCCUUUCCUCCCCAACACCUGAUGGAGCUAAACAACGACUUUCUUCUGAAUCAAAUCAAGAACCAAGUCGAGUUUUACUUUGCACCCCAAAAUUUGCAGAACGACAAGUUCUUGCAGUCUCAACUCAAUGCUACUGAUCACUUGGGAGCGGUUUCCAUUCAGGUCAUUUGCAGCUUUCGGAAAAUCAGGCAGUUGUACUUGUAUUCGAGGAGUGGGUACUAUCCGCACGAUGCAGAUAUGCCAGCAGACCCGGCGCUUCUCCGUAUGGCUCUCGCCAGUAGUUCCGUUGUCAGCAUUAGUCAUGAUGGGAUGUGGGUGGUUCCUAAUCUGCAAAAGGACCCACAAAAGGACGCGGCCACGGAAGCGACAGUCGCCUCGGUUCCAUCCUCACCAUCGUCUUCACAGGACGGGUCUGCUCAGCAGGACCGCUUUGCGAUUGUCAUUCACAACAUCGCCAACACGGUUACAGAGGCAAUGGUCUUGGAGGCCUUUGCAAAGUUUAACCCCAAAGGAGCGAGAUCAGAGGCAGGAGAUACAUGGCAUGUUACAUUUGGAAGCUCGGAAGAUGCAACAGCAUCUCUAGAGGAAGGAAUCAAACUCGAUGAUAAACCCAUUCAGGGUUCGCUCAAGAUUGACGUGUCAAACGUGCCUUCAAUGCCAUUACCACCACCAGCGCAACAAACACCCGGAAUGGGAUACCAAGGGCAAUAUCCAAUGCAUCCGCCUCCACAGUACAGCUAUGUACCGGUUCAUUAUGGAAUGCCGCAGAUGGUACCGCAGUAUCCAAUGCAUCCGCAAUAUUAUCCACAGCCACAAUACCGAUAUUUUGCACCCCCAGGUCAGCAACGACAAGGUGGUCCGCCGCCACAGAAUGUCUUUGUCCGACCUGCAAAUGAUAACAAUCGAGGGAUGCGACGAAGGAAUCAAGGAGGCAAGCGACGAAAUCGUCAGCAACGACAGCAGCAGCCAGAAGACAAGCCUAUUCGAAAGGACACGAACAAAAAUAAGAAGAAUCAGGAAAAGAAGGAAGAUGUUAAGGACUUGGAUUUGUCACAAGAACACUUUCCUUCACUAGGUGGUGGGAAGGAAACUUUGAAGCCAAAGUCUACAAAUAUUGAAGGGGCAGCGUAUGCAAAGGCUGUAUUAAAAGCAGCAACCUCACAGAAACAGCAGCCAGUCAAGGAGGGGACGGAAAAGAAGAAGACGAAAGAGACAAAAUAG